AUGGCAAAUUUCAAACAACCUGAAAGCAACCCAAGAACAGAACAGAAGGAAAUCGUAUCCAAGAGAUGUGGACUUCGACACACAAUUUUCUCUGUUAAUGGGGAUAAAUACACUGGAGAGUGGCUCAACGACAUGAAGCAUGGUAAGGGAACUCAGGUGUGGAAGAAAGGUGCCAUGUAUGACGGCGAGUGGAAAUUUGGAAAACAGGAUGGAUGCGGCACCUACAGUGUGCUUCCUCCAGGAUCUACGGACUAUACAAAGAAGUACAGCGGCGAAUGGAAAAGCGGGAAGAAACAUGGGAAUGGAAAAUACUUCUACAAUGAUGUGUCCGCCUAUGAAGGGGAGUGGAGCGAGGACCAACGAAACGGCAGUGGAAGGAUGUACUUUGAGAAUGGAGACAUCUAUGAGGGAGAGUGGAUGCACGAUCAGAUGCACGGGCAAGGGUUCAUUCAAUUUUCCAAUGGAAACUGCUAUGAUGGCAACUGGAAAGAUGGCAAGAGGAACGGUGAUGGGAAGUUUUUCUACACCGACAGAGGCGUGCUGUAUGAAGGCUUCUGGGUUGACGGAAUGGCCAAAUGUGGGACCAUGACUGAAUUUAGGAGAGACGAAGCUUCAGCACCAUCCACUCCAUUUCCAAAGUUACUACUGAAGGAUCCGGAGAGGUCUUUAAGGGAAGCCAAAGCAGCCAUCAUGGAUAAUGAGCGUUGCUGA